UACAAAAGUCCACCUCCCGCUUGCUGAACUAUAACUAAUACAUAAGUCCACCAAGACAACAUAGCCCAUUUUCUCUGACCGGAGCGGUGGUAGUUCAUCGUUAUCGCAAACCCAAGAUUCCAUGGCGACCUCCAAGCUCCAGGCUUUGUGGAAUCACCCCGCUGGCCCUAAAACAAUUCAUUUCUGGGCUCCAACUUUCAAGUGGGGAAUUAGUAUUGCCAACAUUGCUGACUUCUCUAAACCACCUGAAAAGCUCUCAUACCCUCAGCAGAUUGCGGUAACAGCUACUGGACUUAUCUGGUCGCGCUAUAGCACUGUCAUUACCCCGAAGAACUGGAAUCUACUCAGUGUAAAUGUUGCAAUGGCUUGCACUGGCCUAUACCAGCUUUCACGGAAGAUUAGGCAUGAUUAUUCUAACACGGAGCAAGCUGUUGUUGCUGAAGAAUGAUGACGAAAGUUCACAUCUUUAAUCCUUGGAAUGAUGGAUCCAAUUGGUUUCUACUUUGGAAGCUCCUGAAUAGAUUUUUCUGUGCCCCUUGAAUUGGGUUCUGUAAUUUGCUAUUCUCAUUAGAUGUGAACGUGAUGUUAAUUAUAGCCUCUGCUUUGAAUUGGGUUCUGUAAUUUGCUAUUCUCAUUAGAUGUGAACGUGAUGUUAAUUAUAGCCUCUGCUUUGGAUUCAUCUGUAGUCAUCAUCUUGUGAUUUUAAUCUUUUUUUCUUUUUUAACUUUUGACCAUCAAUAAUAUGAAUGUUUUGAUUUGAAUGUCA